AUGACAACUGACCAGAACGACUCCACUGAAAAACUUAACAAAAACGCCAACCCAGAAUCCGGAGAAGGAUCAGACAGACUGAUUAUGCAGAUCACAAUCCCAAAAAAGGUGCAGCGAGCCAGCUCAGCCAUAGAAGAAGAGGAAGCGGAUAACAUGUCUGAAGAUGACAAUGACGAUUGGUUGGACUAUGAGCUCAAUCAUGAAAAAUUCAAAGCAGCCUUAGGACUACGAGCCAAAGAUGAAGACAGCCAAGCGCUUGUGGAAAGCCAGCUUAAUCACAUGCCAGCCCUAAUGUUCGGAACAAUAGAAGAAGUUGGUGAAUCGACAGUUGGAAAACCAAUCUUGGCAAUUGAGGAAUCGACAACUCUAUAG